GAAACCCUUAGACUGAUUAAUAUCUAAGGAAACUAAGAAUAUUCGCUAUGUACACGAUUGGUGAUGCCAUCAUUUUGUCGGCUUUUCUACGUUAAAUCUUAUGGAGUAAAAUUAGUUCCAACGGCUGUCUCUAGCAUUAAUGUUUGUCAUUCCAUAAGAUAACGUGUGUUUGUGACACUCAGCGCUAGUUCUCCCUCCAACGACUUCGCACUUGCCAAUAGUGAUUAGUGAUAACAGUAUGGGGAAAAUUGGCAGUUCAUGACAGAAGGAGCUAUUCGGCGCGGUUGCGCUUACGGCGACGCACGGCUGUCCCAGCUCCGUAACUCUUAUGUGCCCCUGGUACUCGUUACGGGAGUUUAUUUUAAUUUUAGUGUUUUUAGUGUAGAAGUGUUUUAAAUAUAAAUUAAUCAUAAUGAGGAUCCAGAGUUUUUUGCGUCAGUGUUUGGGGACAACCAUAAUGGCCUUCCCAAAGUUCCUCCUCGGCUCCGGGACAGUAUGGCCGUCGUACGCCCUGCUCAUCCUCCAGAGCGCCGCCACGCCCCUCUCAGGCCGCAUCAGUCUCUUCGAAGAAGCCCUCAUGGGCAGCCUACCUUACAUUUCCAGCAUUUUCAUGUCACCAUUCGGAGGGGUCAUCGUGGAUAAGUUUGGGAGGAAGAGGAGUGGUAUUUUUACUAAUGUUGUAGUUGCGGUAUCGUGGGUGUUUGUUAUUUACGGGACAACAUCUCCUAUGUUAUUAAUUGGAAGGUGCUUAUUUGGCGUGAGCGGUGGUUUACUUAUGCAGGUAGCCUGGGCAUUCGCAGCCGAAGUCUCCGAAGAUGCCUGCCGAGGUUUCAUGUCUUCCAUGCCAUCAGUGAUGUACGCUCUUGGUGCCCUGGUAUCCAUAAUCCUUGGCUGGGUGACCUCGUACCACAACAUUGCAUAUAUAAACUUCGGCCUGGCCAUUGCGAAUGCGUUCACAAUGUGGUUGCUUCCUGAGACCCCGGUGUAUCUCUGCUUGAUUGGAAAACAUGAAGAAGCCUUGAAAUCUUUAUCUUUCUACCGUGCAUCUACAAUCAAAGACAAGGCUGUAAUCGAUGAGAUGGCAGAAAUUAAAGCCAACCAAGACAACAAGCAGAAAUCUGCGACUUUAGUACCGAUUGAAGAACCCGUGACCCAGGAUCCCGAAAAGCAAAAUCUAGCAAGCGGAGAAUUCGUUCCCCCUGCUAAACUAUCAGCUUUGCAGUAUUUCCGCAUUUCUCCUGGAGCGCGCUGGUCCUUCAUCGUCGUCACUUUACUCUUGACUCUCUCCAUCUUCACUGGAGUUGUCGCCAUCCAAGUGUACGGUGGAACCCUGUUCCUCAAAGCCGCUCCCUCUCUAUCGCCAGACUUGUGCGCCGUUCUAAUGGCUUCCAUCUUGAUGGUGGGAGCUAUCUCUGGGGCGGCUUGCACGGAUUUGUUUGGCAGACGGAUCUUACUGACUUCGGCAUCCACUAUAAACGGGAUCUGUAUGGUGCUGCUAGGUGUUAUGGUUCGGUGGCCAAUUGGGCCUCAGUGGCUGGUUCCGGCCAUCAUAUUGGUCUUCUGCUUCAUCUUCAACCUCGGCGGUGGGAUGAUACCGUAUGUGCUGUUGGCUGAAGUGUUUGUUCCUGAGGUAAAAGGCUUCUCGCAGUCCAUCAUGAUGCUAUGGUUGUACAUCGUCAACUUCAUCCUUCUACUCGUCUUCGUGCCAGCAGUCGAAUACAUAGGCCUGCAGGUUGUUUUCUUCGUAUUUGCGGGCUGUGCCUUCACCUGCACAUUAUGUACUUAUUACAUGAUACCAGAAACCAAGGGCAUGAAUCCUUAUGUCAUCGAGGAGUUGUUUACGACGAGGAUAAAGGAGGGAAGGCGGUGGGCGAGACCUACUUCUGAGAAUAACGACGAAGAAAUUAAUUCAACCCACGAAUCGAUAAAAGUAUAGUUUGUUACCGGAAUGUUCUAAGGAGAGAUACAUGAAGGCAUACGACCACUUUAUAAACUGGAGAAGCGCUAAGAAAGUGAAGUCGCUGUCGGAAACCGUGUUUCUGGCAUAUUUCGCAGAAAUAUCGAAGACAUUAAACCCAUCUACACUUUGGAGCACGUACACAAUGCUUAAAUCAACUAUUCAUAACAAGCAUCAAGUUUAUUUGAAGAAUUUUACGAACUUAUUAGCAUUUUUAAAAAGACGAUCGGAAAACUUUAAAAGCAAGAAAUUAAAGAUUUUCACUGCUGAAUAGGUUGAGAGAUUCUCAAACGACGCUCAUAAUAUCCUAUUAAUUUGUCUUUUUGAAUUGUUCAAAUUUCUCUGUAACUCUUAACUAAUUUAAUUUCAUUGGUGUUAUGUCGUUUACCUAUCGCUGUAAGUAUGUAGCUGUUAAUAAUUUGUUCUAAAGAAGUAUAAUAAACCUACAUUUUUUGUGUUUGAGUUUCUGCAUAGUCGAAAUGAAAAGUAGAGUGUUUAACUCGGGUGAAAGUAACCAUCUCACCCUCGAACUAUUGGUGCUCUCACUUUG